AUGUCCGCAAAGACGCAUAACCAUCUUCUGACUAUCGCGGAUAUUGUCCUCCAGGAUAUCCAGAAAGCAGCAGCCUUCGAAGAGCUUAAGAAGUGGGAGCCACACUCCAACGCAGUCGAGUCUUGCCUCAACAAGUCGGUCCAUCUCUGUGCAGCUCUACUCCUCAUGAUGGAAGUAGGCGACCAGAGAUUCGGAUUUUCAGGAUCUUACCCGUUGAAAUGGCACUCGUCGCAAUCCUUGCGCGAGGCUGUUUACCAACACUUCGAAAAUGCGAGAGGGAGGAUAAUUCAGCCGGACAAUCAGCGAACUGGCAAGCUCUUCACCGCCCACAAUCUCAAGCAUAUAGGCGGCAUGGAGAUAAGUUUGCAAAACUCUCUCCUUCCCUCGGGCCUCGCCGAGGAAACCCUCCGCACCCUGAUGCUCCUCUUCCCCAGGGGCGACAGUAGCCGGCCGCGUCGCUGGGUUUCCAAGCAGAUCCGUAAACACAACCUCGACCCGACGCUGGGCCACCUCGGUAACUUGCGCGUACACGACCGGCGCUUCGAGCGCUUCGACUACUGGCAUGACCGUCUUGUCAUCCUCAAGCAGGCGUUUGACGAGUCGAAUCCGCGAACCCUGCGCCACUGGUGGAACGACCGCCGCAACUCGGUGCAGUGGUAUACCUUUUGGGUGGCAAUUUUGAUCUUCGCGACGACGAUUUUCUUUGGUAUAGUGCAGAGCUUGGAAGGGGGGAUGCAAGUUUGGUUGAGCUGGAAGGCGUUGGAAAGGGAUGGUGGAAAAGCUGGGUAA